CACAGUCUGUGAAUAAUCUAAAACUACAAGAAGAAGUAAUUCGUGAAGUUCAGUUUUUAUGCUGUGUAUUUCUGUCAGAUUGGGAGUUUUGUGUUAGUUUAUUUUCAGGGAUGUAACUUGAAUGCGUGUAUUUGGUUUAUAUUGCGCCCAGUAUAAUUGUGGCCUUCUAUGCGGCUGUAAAGGGAAACUUUGAAGGAUGUCUUCGCCUCUUUUAGUCCCUCAGCGCCUUUUCGCUGCGUGGAAGCUGAACUGGGGGUCACUGAACACAGGGACGAGCCUCACACUCCAGCAGCCGGGGCUGCGGGUAACAGGAUGGCCGUGUGUUUUCGCUGCUGGUAAGAAAUACCAAAUUGACCUGCCAAUACUCCACGAGGAAGACCUUGAUGAACAGUUUGUUCGUGGGUCUGGUCCUGGAGGACAAGCCACCAACAAAACCAGCAACUGCGUGGUGCUCAGGCACAUUCCCACGGGGAUUGUCGUGAAGUGUCACCAGACCAGAUCGGUGGAUUUGAACAGAAAACGAGCACGGGAGAUUUUACGCGAGAAACUGGAAAUAUAAUAUAAAGGAAAGUAAACUGAACAAAAUAAAAAAAAAAACCA